AUGUCAUAUAGAAGCACCAAUGAAAAUCUUUCUUGCUAUCACAUGACUAUAAACACCUCUCUACCUUCCCUCUUCGAGCGCCAUCUUGACACGAACAAGCGAGUGUCUAGGAAAAGCAGCAGCAGCAAAGUAACUUCAACCAUGUACGAGUCCUUGAUGCAAAAGUUAAGGGUGGGCAAAAUGUUCCACAACCCUUUUUAUGCUAAAUGUGAUGGAUUGGCCGUCAAUGAAAAUCGGACCAUCUCCGCUGCCAACGCAUCCGACCAAUACAGCUGUGAAUUUGGAUCUUCCAAAUAUUAUGCUUUGUGUGGUUUUGGUGGCAUAUUGAGUUGUGGCAUAACACAUACAGCAGUGGUUCCUCUUGAUCUGGUAAAAUGUCGAAUUCAAGUUGACCCUGCCAAAUAUGGAAAUAUUGUUAAUGGUUUCAAAGUUACCAUGGCUGAAGAUGGUGUCCGAGGUUUGGCUAAAGGAUGGGCUCCUACGUUUAUUGGUUAUUCCAUGCAAGGACUGGGAAAAUUUGGUUUUUAUGAAGUUUUUAAAGUAACUUACAGUAACAUGCUUGGUGAAGAAAAUACUUACUUGUGGCGGACUUCCCUUUAUCUCGCAGCCAGUGCAUCCGCUGAAUUCUUUGCUGACAUUCUUUUGUGCCCUAUGGAGGCAGCUAAAGUCAAAAUCCAGACAACAGCAGGUUAUGCUAAUACUUUGAGAGAAUGUGUUCCUAAAAUGAUGAAGGAAGAAGGUGUUUAUGCAUUUUAUAAAGGCAUUGUUCCCCUAUGGGGUCGUCAGAUUCCCUAUACAAUGAUGAAGUUUGCUUGUUUUGAGCGAACUGUAGAACUCUUGUAUAAGCAUAUCGUUCCCAAGCCCAGAUCCGAGUGUUCCAAACCAGAACAAUUAGUUGUCACAUUUGCUGCUGGUUACAUUGCUGGUGUUUUCUGUGCUAUUGUGUCUCAUCCAGCUGACACUCUUGUAUCUAAACUUAAUCAAGCUAAAGGCAGAUCAAUGGGAGAUAUUGUGAAAGAACUUGGUUUCAUGGGACUUUGGAAAGGACUUGGUCCCAGGAUUAUAAUGAUUGGUACCUUGACUGCUCUACAGUGGUUUAUCUAUGAUACGGUGAAAGUUGUCUUCAAACUUCCCCGACCUCCUCCACCAGAAAUGCCUGAAAGUUUGAAAAAGAAAAUGGGUAUAGCAGCAUGA